CUACACUCCCAGAACGGAAACCGGAAGUGGAGGUGGCUGGGUCUAGCGUGGUGGAGAUGUCGGCUCUCCGGGCACUAGAUCCUGGUGUCGGGGCCGGGGUAGGACCGGGGUCCACCGCUGCCGCCUCUGGACCCCCCGGGGGCACCUCUCUCGCCUCCGGGAACCUGUUCCAUCCCAUCAGUGCCGAGGAUGAGGAUCAGCAGCCUACGGAGAUCGAGUCCCUGUGCAUGAACUGUUAUGGCAAUGGGAUGACUCGACUUCUGCUAACCAAGAUUCCCUUCUUCAAAGAGAUCAUCGUAAGCUCUUUCUCCUGUGAGCAUUGUGGCUGGUCCAACACAGAGAUUCAGUCUGCAGGCAGGAUCCAGGAACAGGGUGUGCGCUAUACCUUGUCUGUUAAGGUCCCUGAGGACAUGAACCGAGAGGUGGUGAAAACAGAUUGUGCCACAGCAAGGAUCCCAGAGUUAGACUUUGAGAUUCCCGCUUUCAGCCAAAAGGGAGCUCUGACCACUGUUGAAGGAUUAAUUAGUCGUGCCAUCUCUGGUUUGGAGCAGGACCAACCAGCCCGAAGGGCAAAAGGAGAAGCCCUGGCUGGGAAAAUUGAUGAGUUUGUUGCCAAGCUGAAGCAACUGAAGAGAGUGGACUCCCCAUUCACUUUUAUCAUUGAUGAUCCCUCAGGGAACAGUUUUGUGGAGAAUCCAUAUGCCCCUCGGAAAGAUGAUGCUCUGGUGGUCACACAUUACAACAGGACGCCCCAGCAAGGGGACAUGUUGGGGCUCAAGACUGAAGAACCUGAAGAGAAGUCUGCUGACCCUAUAGAAGAUCUCAGGAAUGAAGUGUUACAGUUCAACACAAAUUGUCCGGAAUGCAAUGCUCCUGCCACCACCAAUAUGAAAUUAGUGCAAAUCCCCCACUUCAAAGAGGUUAUCAUCAUGGCCACCAAUUGUGAGAAUUGUGGGCAUCGAACUAAUGAGGUAAAGUCAGGAGGUGCAGUGGAGCCCAUGGGCACCAGGAUCACCCUUCAUAUCACAGAUCCCUCAGACAUGACCAGGGAUAUCCUGAAGUCUGAAACAUGCAGUGUGGAAAUCCCUGAACUGGAAUUUGAGCUAGGCAUGGGUGCCCUGGGAGGCAAGUUUACCACCUUGGAGGGACUUCUGAAAGACAUCUGUAAUCUGGUGACCAGGAACCCCUUUACACUGGGUGACAGCUCCAACCCUGACCGCACAGAAAAGUUGGAGGAGUUUAGCCAGAAGCUGGACUGGAUCAUAGAGGGCAAGUUGAAUGCUCACUUCAUUCUGGAUGAUCCAGCAGGAAACAGCUACUUACAGAAUGUAUAUGCCCCUGAAGAUGACCCAGAGAUGAAGAUAGAACGCUAUAAACGCACAUUUGAUCAGAACGAGGAUCUGGGGCUCAAUGACAUGAAGACAGAAGGCUAUGAGGCUGGAUUGACUCCUCAGCGGUAGCAGUGGGCAAAGGGGCAGGUCAGACAACAGAGCUGCCUGGGGCCCCGUGGUUAUUUAUUACUAUUGUAAUAGGUCAGAGGAACAAGGACUUGAGAAUAGGGACUUUCUCUUGGAUGGGGAGACCUGCUCUGAGUCCAUGAAUCUGUGUACAAUUUCAAAACAAUUCAUGAGGUGAAUGCAUGUCUGUUGUGUUACUGACCUUUUUUUGGAGGUUUUGUAUUGGUUUGUAAAGAAACUUGGAAUUGAACUCUGGGGCAAAUUAAUACCAUUUUUUCCCCUCUUAGUCUUAUCUCCCUUCCCUAUUUCUCCUCUCUAUAAGGAAGGGACCUCCAAGGAGCUGCCUCCAAGUAGGCUUGGAGAAAUGGGGAGGUGGUAUACAUCCAGCCAGGAGUUGGCAUUCUAUGAUAUUAAUUCUAGCUUUCAAAAACGAGAAAAGCCAUGUUUAGGGGGACAGGAGUCCUAGAAUGGAGCAGAAAAAAAAGAUUGCCAAUAAAAUUGUUGCUUUCAAACAACUGUGGUCUUGAUUUUCACCCUGUUUCACUUUCAUUAUAUUGGUUUAGUGUGGCUUUGUGACUCAGAGCUAGUGAAGUAAUUUUCAUCUCAAAUUUGAUAGUUCUGUUGUGGAUAGUAAAUUAUCACUUGCCUUUGGUGAGGAAUGAUGCAGUUGUAAUAACCCAAGUUUAUAAAGUGCCUUUCUGUUUUUAUAAAGUCUUUUAAACACA